CCAAGAAAAACUUAUUCAGAUCGAGAUAGUUUGUUUAGCUAGAAGAGAAUCAAGGGAUACUCUGAAUUGUUCACAUAUUAGGAUCAAGAUGGACGAAGGGAGCCCAGAGAUAGUGCCUGUAAACUCCCCAGCUUCAGACCCGGACCCGGAGCCUGAAUCUUCAGAAAGCGGUGAUGGUGAUGGUGAUGGCGCCCCUGAACCUCUCAGCAGGAAGCUGCCCAUCCCGUCCGCCGAGCUCAACCUGUACCGCGCCGCCGUUAUGAUCCGCGCCGUCCUCGUCGCCGCCUUCUUCCGGUACCGCGUCACCCACCCGGUGUCCGACGCCCCGGGGCUAUGGCAGGCCGCCGUCGCGUGCGAGCUCUGGCUCGCGUUCGCAUGGCUGGUCGCGCAGCUCCCGAAGCUCUCCCCGACCAACCGUGCGACGCACCUCGACCGUCUGGCAUCAAGGUACGAGAAGGACGGCGAGCCAUCGCGGCUGGCUGGCGUGGACGUCCUCGUGACAGCGGCGGACGCGGGGAGGGAGCCGCCCCUGGCGACGGCGAACACGGUGCUGUCGGUGCUCGCGGCGGACUACCCCGCGGGGAAGCUGGCCUGCUACGUCUCCGACGACGGCGCGGACAUGCUGGUUUUCGAGGCGCUGUUCGAGGCCGCGCGGUUCGCGCGGCGGUGGGUGCCCUUCUGCCGGCGGCACGGCGUGGAGCGGAGGGCCCCCGAGCUUUACUUCGCGCGCGGCGUGGACUACCUCAGGGACAGGGCCGCGCCGUCCUUCGUCAAGGAACGCCGCGCCAUGAAGAGGGAGUACGAGGAGUUCAAGGUGAGGAUGAACUACCUCGCCGCGAAGGCGCGGAAGGUGCCGGAGGACGGAUGGGCCAUGUCGGACGGCACGCCGUGGCCGGGAAACAACCCAAGAGACCAUCCUGCCAUGAUACAGGUUCUUCUGGGGCAUCCCGGCGAUCAGGACGCCGAGGGGCACGAGCUGCCCCGGCUCUUCUACGUGUCGCGGGAGAAGCGGCCGGGGUUCCAGCAUCACAAGAAAGCCGGUGCACUGAACGCCCUGCUCCGGGUGUCUGCUCUGCUGACGAACGGCGCGUACGUGCUCAACCUGUGCUACGACCACUGCGUCACCAACAGCUGCGCUCUGAGGGAGUCGAUGUGCUUCCUCAUGGAUCCUGAGGCCGGGAACAGGACGUGCUUCGUCCAGUUCCCUCUGCGCGUCGACGACGACAGCGACGACCGGCAGGCAAGCCGCCACUCCGUCUUCUUCGACAUCGACAUGAAGUGCUUGGACGGCAUCCAGGGCCCGGUGUACGUCGGCUCCGGCUGCUGCUUCAACAGGAAGGCGCUGUACGGGUUCGAUCCCGCGUUGGCUGAAGACGAUGAGGACGAGACGACGACCCGUUGGAGCUCGUGGUGCUUCAGAAAGGUGAAGGAGCGCGCGCUGAGGAGGACCAUGUCCACCGUGCCCCUGCUUGACUCGGAGGAAUCCGACGAGCAGACCGGAGCAGACAAUGCAAGAACAAGGCGGAGGCUGCGCUCCUACCGCGCCGCGCUGGAGCGGCACUUCGGCCAUUCGCCGGCGUUCAUCGCCUCGGCGUUCGCGGGGCAAGGGCGCUGCGGUGGCGGCGGCUCGGACCCCACGGACGUGGCUGCUGGAUCCCUCCUCAGGGAGGCCAUCCACGUCGUCAGCUGCUCGUACGAGGAGCGGACUAGGUGGGGCAAAGACGUUGGUUGGAUAUACGGCUCCGGCGGCGGCGACCUGGUCACGGGGUUUAGGAUGCACGCGCGCGGGUGGGAAUCGGCGUACUGCGCGCCGGCCCGGGCUGCGUUACGGAGCUUCUCACGUGCCAGCCCCACGGACCUCCUCGCCGGGGCGUCGCGUCGGGCGGUGGCGGCCAUGGGGGUCCUGCUGAGCCGCCAUUGCCCCGUCUGGGGCGGCGGGCGCUUGCGGAUCCUGCUGCGGCUGGGCUACGUGAGCUGCGUCGCCUACCCGCUAGCAUCCCUCCCGCUCACCGUCUACUGCGCGCUCCCCGCGGCCUGCCUCCUCACCGGCAAGUUCGUCUUCCCGGACGACGUGAGCUACUACGACGGGGUCCUUCUCAUCCUGCUCCUGUCCUCGGUGGUGGCCACGGUCGUGCUGGAGCUGCGGUGGAGCGGCGUGCCUCUGAGGGCGUGGUGGCGGGACCAGAAGCUCUGGGUGGUGACCGGCACGUCGGCGUGCCUCGCCGCCGUGUUCCAGGGGGUGCUCCGGGCGUGCACCGGGAUCGACGUCGGUUUCUCCACGGAGACGGUGAUCAGUUCGUCCCUGGAUGACGACGGCGGCGGUGAUUCCUCGGACGCGCGGAAGUCCGUGCGGUGGUCGAACCUGAUGGUGCCGCCGGCGAGCCUGCUGCUGGGCAACCUCGCCGGCGUGGUCGUGGCGGUGUCGUACGGGGUGGACCACGGGUACCAGUCGUGGGGCCCGAUCAUCGGGAAGCUGGCGCUCGCCGGGUGGGUGGUGGCUCACCUGCAGGGGUUCCUCAGGGGCCUCCUGGCGCGGCGGGACCGGGCGCCCACCAUCGCCGUGCUCUGGUCGGUGCUCUUCGUCUCCGUGCUCUCGCUGCUCUGGGUCAACGUCGACUCCUUCUCGGCGCUGCCGGCGCGGCCCACGUCACAGCAGACGGUCUUGUGAGAAAAAUUAAGAUGCAUCCCAAGC